GAUAUAAUUUAUUUACAUAAGAAUUUCAUUUUUUUUUAAAUAUAUUAAUUACAAACAAAAAUUUUCCCUGAUCCAUUCAGUUUACUUUAGAACUCGAAUAAAGACAAAAAAAACCCAUUGAAACAAUUCAAUAUAACCAAUCAGAUAAGGUCAUGUUAUUUUCGUUUUGUCAGUAUGUAAAUCAAAUACGAUGGAAUUAAUUGAAUAAUUAAAAUGAAGAAACUUAAAUAAUAUGUCAUUCGUGAUCAAAUUAGGAAAUAUUAACAAGAUCUAGAUCAAUAUCUAAGUAUUAUGAUGAUGAUGAUCAUGAUGAUUAAUGUCAUGGAUACAUGUAUUUUAAAUUACUUGAAAUUAUUGAUAUACAGUUACUAAUUAUUAAUUCACAUAUAUCUCUGUUCAUUAAAAGAUAUUCGUAUAUUUCACUAAGAAAUUAGUAAGAAGUAUUGGAAUAAAUGAUCUAGAACAUUUAUAUUAUUAACAAAGUUCAAUAUUGUGAAAGUCAUAUCAGAAGAAUGUCACAGGAACAUUUAAACUCUAAAUGGAUUGUUAAUACACUAAUAUGGUUUAUUAUGAUUCUAUAUUAUUACAAAUUUCAAUGUUCUAUCAUGAUUGUUCAAUAAACGCUUAUUCAUCACUAUUACCUACUAAUAAUUUAAUGAGUAGUAUUAAUAGUCAUGAUUCUAAUACAUUGAAUAGUAUUACUAGUCACAAUAAUAAUGAUGUUAAUAAUAGUCCAAAAACACCACAAUAUAAUUUACAUUAUGCUAUUACAGAAAAUCAACCGAUCAAUUUUAAAAUUGGUAAAAUUAAUGAUGAUCUAAUACAAACACCAGAGAUUAGAUCAACUCAUUUAUAUAAUUUAUUACAAACAUCGAAACAAAUUAAUUCAUUUUAUCGUUUACGUGAACCAUCAAAUUAUUUUCAUAUAAAUGAAACAACAAGUCUAUUAACUACUAAGAGAAUAAUUGAUUUAGAAAUAUUAUGCCCAAGAUAUUGUAAAGAGAAUACAUAUUAUGCACAAUUAAAUAUAUAUGUGAAUAUAUGGACAAAUUAUCAAUUAAUUUGUAUUGUAAAUAUUGAAAUAACAGUCACUGAUAUAGAUGAUAAUCAACCAAAAUUUCCAUCUACUGUAUCAAGACCUUAUCAAUUAAAAUUAAAAGAAGUAAUUUAUCGUAUUGGUAAAUAUGUAGAAUUACCUAAAGCAAUUGAUAAAGAUAUACAACCACAUCAUGCUGAAAUAGUAUAUCGUCUUGAUUCACAUCCAAAUGAUAAAUCAAAUGCAUUAGAAACAUUUCGUUUAGUUGUACGUAAUGAUUCAAGACUUGUACUUGUUUUACAAAAAGAUUUAGAUUAUGAAUAUGUUAAAGAAUAUAAAUUUUAUUUAGUUUGUUCAUCACCAUAUAUGAUAGGUGAUCAACAUUUAGAUAUAAUGAAUAUAGAAGAUCGUUUAGAAAUCUUUAUAGAAGUGCUUAAUAUAAAUGAUAUUGAACCAACAUUUUCACAAGCAGUUUAUGAAAUACAAGUAAAAGAAAAUAUUCCAGUCAAUUCAACAAUUUAUGAAUUGAAAGCAACUGAUAAAGAUGUCAAUUCUACAAUUACAUAUUCAAUGGAAAAUGGUGUUGAUAUCAAUACAACAUUAAAAUUUUUUAUUAAAUCAAAUGGAUAUGUGAUUGUUCAACAGAAAUUAGAUUAUGAACAACGCAAUGUAUACAGUUUUACAGUACGUGCUAGUGAUGGUGAAUUUUUUGCAUUAGCUCGAAUUGUUAUAACAAUUUUGGAUGUGAAUGAUGAACCGCCUGAAUAUGUAUUAAAUCCACAACAAUUAACAAUUUUGGAAAAUAAACCAGCUCAGACAUUUAUUGGUCAUCUUCUUAUAGUUGAUCGUGACAGUCCUGAAGUUAAUGGUCAAGUACACUGUGAAGAACCACAUCACAUGAAAGGUAAACAACCUAUUGUUUUUGUGCAAGAAUCCGUGUAUUUACUUCCACGUCAGCAGUCAGCAUCUCUAUCACUAGAAGGACUAACACCUAAUCUUAAUACUAAUAAUAACAAUAACUAUCUACCGACAAGUUUAUCUCCUUCUUCAAGUUCUGAAAACCAUGUUUAUCAACGUUUAACACUAUAUAGCCUCAGUGAAUUCGAUCGUGAAAAUGGACCUGAUAAAUAUAAAUCAAUUAUAUACUGUUGGGAUGGAGUAACAUCAACAACGUUUUCACAAACACCCUAUGAUUCUUCAGUAUACAUGGAUAAAUAUGCACCAUUAAAUUAUUCAAAAUCUUCAACACUAGUAUCAUCUAGCCAGACAGCUACAAUGACAAUCACUUUACAUAUAGUAGAUGCAAACGAUAAUGAGCCUACUUUUGAGGAACAAUUCUAUAAAGCAGAGAUUAAAGAAAAUUCACCGAUAGGCACUAAAAUUAUCAAGAUGCAUGCAGUUGACAAAGAUAUUGGAGUAAAUGCACAAAUAUACUACAGUUUAGAAGAGAAUGAAUUGUUUGUACCGUAUUUUAAAAUUGAUCCAAUUAUGGGUUGGAUUGUAAAUUCAGCGGAACUUGAUCGUGAAGCACAAGUAACAUUUCAGCUUACUGUUUUAGCAAUUGAUGGAGGAUAUGAUGCAUUAGAUACUACUAGAUUACAAAGAUCACUUGAUCAUAAUAAAAAUUAUCAUACAGCUACAACACAAGUACUUAUACAUAUAUUAGAUGAAAAUGAUAAUCCACCUGAAUUUCGUGGUCCAAGACAAUUUGCUGUAGAAGAAAAUCAAGCACCGAAUACAUGGAUUGGUGAUUUACAAGUAAUAGAUAGAGAUGAAGGAAAUAAUAGUGAAGUGAUAUUUAAAUUAUUAACUGGUAGAAUAAAAAAUAAUAGUAGUACUGAACAAACUACAAAAAGGAUUAAUGAAAAUAUUAUACAUCAUAAUAGUGUACCAAUUCAACUACUUAAAAAUGGAAGUUUAUUUACUACAAAAUCAUUGGAUAGAGAAAAACAGUCAUUAUAUUGUUUCGAAGUUGUCGUGUCAGAUAAAGGUGUAGAAAGAUCACAUUCUACAGCUGACACAAUCUGUGUACGUGUAUUGGAUUUGAAUGAUAACAGACCAUAUUUUGUUGAAAUUAAAGGUGCUGAACAAAUUGAUGUUAAUAAAACAUUAUUGAAUGAAACAUUAUCAGAAACAACUUAUUCUACAAUAUCACAAAUCAAUUCAAUUAAACACAAUGAAAUCAAAGUGAAUUAUUCACAAUAUCCUGUAGUACGUGUAUCAUACAAUGAAGUACCAGGUUAUUGUGCUUUAGUUGCUAGAGCAAUUGAUGAAGAUGAAGGCAGAAAUGCUCAACUACGUUAUGGUAUAACACGCCAAUAUUCAUAUAUUACUCAACAAGGAUUAAAAGAUGAAAAUGUACUUGAUGCAUUUACAAUGGAUCAACCAAGUGGUCGUGUUAUGUUAACAAGAAGUUUGAAUUUAAACGAACUUGGUUCAUAUGAAAUGGUAAUAACUGUGGAAGAUAAUGGAGAACCAGUUCAAAGAGCCGAAAAGACUAUUCAAUUAAUUAUUGAAGCAAGUUCAGCUCGUGGUAAUUGGUUAUUUCCUGAAAUUGAACAAAAUCGUGAUUUUUCUAUAUUCAAUUCAAAAUAUACAAUUACUGAAGCACAUACAAUUCUAAUUGUAAUUAUCUUAUCUGGAAUAUCAGCAUUUUUAGCAGCUUUAUUAAUUAGUGCUAUAUUAUGUAUGAUUAAACCAUGUAAAAAAUCAAGAAAUUCCAAUCAGUUGAAUAAGAAUAUUUCAAAAACACUUAAUACUCAUAAUAUGGCUGUUGAUAUUGGUAUAAAUAAAGAAUUUAAUCCAAUAAUAUGUGAUUAUGAUGGUGCUGAUUUCAAUUUAUGCAAUCAUCAUCAACCUAGUAGUUAUACAUCUGUAGGAAAUAUUGAUCAUUUAUAUGGUCCAUUGUAUCCAUCCAUUAGUCAAUAUUAUCAUGAAGGAUUACCAAUGACUACUAGUGAUGGAUUAACAGUAUCUAGCAUGGAAAAUUGUUACCUACCACCAUAUAACAUGUUCAGCAUUAAUAAUAAUGAUAAUGAUAAUCAGGUUAAUUCAUCAACUACUGUUUCAAUUCAAACAACAUGUAUAAACAAUGUGAAUGGUGUAGAACAAGAUUUGGGCAAAAUACAAACAAAUGGUAAAACAUUAUAUGCUCAAAAAUCUUCAUCACCGGUAAAUGUAAUGCUAAGCACAACCCAGCAACCACAACUGAGUUAUCUUCAUUUGGAAUAUCCAAAUAAUGACUGUCAUAAGACAAUACCGAAUAUAUCAUCGUAUAAUAUAACUUCAAGAUGUUCAACAUAUUCACCACAACACUUUAAUUCUUACUGUCCAUCAUUUCAACCAUCAACAAUCCCAACUACUUCACAUCCUUUAGUAUCUUCAAAUGAUCCUAAUCUCAGAUCAGAUCUUGUUGUUAUUCAGUGCACAAAAACACCACCUCCUUCAACAUAUUAUUAUCAACAAAAUAGAACUGAUUCAUUAUCGCCAAAUUCACUGUAUAAUACAUCAACGAUAUUUGAUUUCGGUCCAGCUAGUUUAAUGCGUCCAAGUUACACAAAUCAAAAUAUUCCGGUUAUUAGUGAAUGUAUUGUUAAAGAUCCACGAAUUCAUAAUUCAAUCAUUGGUGAAGAACAAAGAUCAGAUAGUGGUCGUGGUGCUAGUGAUGAAGAGAAUUCUAAUCAAAUUCAACUAGUUAACACACUGCCAACAACAACAUCAUUAUCAUCUGGAAAUGAAAAACACUUAGAUGAAACUACAUUAGAUACCCCUGUACAUCAGUCAAAGAAAAGUCAAAAUUUUCGAUCAAGUACACUUAAAUAUUCUAUAGAGAAUUCAAGUCAUAUGACAACCGGUCUUGUAUUCCCUAGUCUUCCAAGGAUUAACACAUGUAAACAAUCAAAGGAUCAAAGUCUAUUAGGUACAUUUCAACAAAAACCAUUUACUCAUAAUUCAAUUAAAGAUUCUUAUACAAAAUAAUCCAUUGAUCAAUUUAAACAAAUUCUAUUCUUAACAGUUAUCAACACAAAGUUGUUUUUUUAAAAAAAAAAUUAUUAUUCAGUUCAAAUACAAAAAUCCUGAUCGUGAUUCCCAUGUAUGAAACAAGUAUUACCCAUCUUAUCUCGAUAUAAGUUGAUUAAGCGUAAAGAUUAUUACACCCAUGCAAUAAUAAAUGUGUAAUAUCAUUGAAACAGCUGUUUAAGUUUUGUCUUUUUCUCCACUUCUUUUUCUUCUUCUUUUCACCACUAGAAUUUCAUUUUUAAUCACUUUUCAUUGCGUAAAACACACCACUGUCUUUUAUUUUAUAGACACAUUAUCUAUUUAUUGUAAAUUUAUACAAUAAUAAACAUGGGUAGAAAGCAUUUCGAAUUGGACAUUAUGAAUUACUACUAGUACUAUUACUACUACUAUCAUUACUGCUACUAUUACUAUUACUAAUAGUAAUAAUAAUAAUAAUAAUAAUGGAAAACAGGAAUGUUGUCUCACGAAUAUUUUACAUGCAAUAAUAUAUGAAUGAAAUUGUACAUGUAAAAUUAAUUUGAAUCUUAUGAUUAUCAUCUUAUUUGUUUUGUCAAUUUAUUAUUCCUUUCUGAUGUGGUUAUCAAAUGUUAAUCAAAUCUUAUCUCUAUACACAUAUACAUACACAAAUACCAUACAAAAGUAAACAAACACUUAAAAUAAUAAUGUACUACAUUCGAG